CACAUCAACAAACUCUCUCUUCCAAUUCCAAAAAUUCCCGAUUCGUUUUAUUCUUGGAAAUGGAAUAUUACAAUUGUGAUGAGACCAGAGGGAUUGCGAAGGUGAAGUGGCAGAGGAGAGGGAGGCGCGGCGGACGGCACGGCGGCGCCUCCGUUCACAUGAAGUUGAGAAAGCUGCAGCGAAUCAUCCCCGGAGGACGGAGGCUGAAACCGGACCGGCUAUUCUUAAAAACGGCGGAUUAUAUUAUGCAAUUGAGGUCUCAAGUUCAUGUUUUGAACGCGCUUUCCAAGAUCUACGACCCCCAACUUUCUCGAUAUUGAUCUCUCUCAGAAUUAAUUGGCUUUUUGGCUGCAUACAUAUCAUAUAUGGGAUUAUUAAAAAUCACUGUUCUCUACAACAUAUUGUAUUGAUUAUAAACCCACAAUCAUUCUUUAAAUUAGUUGAUGUGGGAUUUUCAAUCGUCGAAUAGAGAUGAUGUAUGUAUGUAUUAAUUAUGUGUAGAUAUCACAUGACAAAAUAUCUACUGCCAUUGUGUUCUCGAGUAGC